CGGGGGUGAUGGAAACUGAAGCCACGCUGCAGGCCGGCGCUGAACUGGAAGGCAGAUGGCUGCGAGUGCAACGCAAUUGUGAGGUCGACUUCAGUUUAUGUGCACGCUGGAGAAACAAAAAGACAAAAAGUAAAAGGUGUAAUUUACUGUGAAGUCUGGACCAGUGUAAAAGAAGAGAUGUGUGAGGCUGACACAAAUAUCAUGGAGAAACAGACUGCAAAUGUUAAGGAGGAGGACUGCAAAUGGGAGUUUGACCACCCUAAACAGGAGAGUCUAGACAUUAAAGGUGAGGAGAGUGAACUUGGAUCAGUGAAUAUUAAAGAUGAGGCCGAAGAGAAGUCUGUCAGCAUUGAGAUACACACAAAUGAAAGUGUGCAGAGAGUCAAAGAAGACGACUUUCAAGAUGGAGUGAAGGCUGAGUUCAUCUCUUCUCAAAGCAGACAGUGUUCAUCAAGCAAUGUAAAGUCUGAAUCAUUACAAUCUGUCACAAAUGGGACUGAGGAAAAUUCAUCUGUUAGAACUGAAGAAGAUCAGCAACCUACAACAAAUCAGUCUGAUAAAAGAAACAAACCUCACUGCUGUUCUGAAUGUGGCAAGCAAUUUUGUCAAAGGAGCUCCUUUCAGCGCCAUCAAAGAAUUCACACAGGGGAGAAGCCGUACUGCUGUUUGGAAUGUGGCAAACAAUUCUGUCAGAGGGGUGGCCUUUGCACCCACAAGCGAAUUCACACUGGAGAGAAGCCAUUUUGCUGUUCUGAAUGUGGCAAACAAUUCAGUGACAGGAGUGCGUUGCAUAGGCACAAAAUCACUCACACUGGAGAGAAGCCAUUUCACUGUUUGGAAUGUGGCAAACAAUUUGGUCGCAGGAGUGGCCUUUGGAGCCACACAAGAAUUCACACAGGUGAGAAGAAACCGUAUUGCUGUUCCGAAUGUGGCAAACAAUUCCGUCAAAGGAGCGAUCUUCGGAACCACAGUAGAAUUCACACUGGAGAGAAUCUGUAUUGCUGUUUGGAAUGUGGCAAACAAUUCUGUGACAGGAAGGACCUUCAGAGCCAUACUUUGAUUCACACAGGUGAGAAGCCAUAUUCCUGUUUGGAAUGUGGCAAAAAAUUCAGUCACAAGGCUAGUCUUUGGAGCCACAAAAGAAUUCACACUGAAGAGAAGCCAUAUUGCUGUUUAGAAUGUGGUAAACAAUUCUGUUAUAGGAGUGGUCUUUGGAGACACACAAGAAUUCAUACCGGAGAGAAGCCGUAUUGCUGUGUGGAAUGUGGCAAAAAGUUCCUUGACAGGUGUGGACUACAGAGCCACACAAGAAUUCACACAGGAGAGAAGCCGUUUUUCUGCAUGGAAUGUGGCAAACAAUUCCGUUAUAUGAACGUUCUUCAGAGACACGCUAGACUUCACACUAGAAAGAAGCCGCAAGUAGUAAGUAAGAUGGGCAAGAAGGAGGAAGGAGUCACCCACCUAUCUACUUAAGUCUUUAUGACUACCUUCAUGCCUUCGGCUCUGUUGUACAAGAACCAUACUAAAUCUCAUCAAGGCAAAAACUAUGUUCUUAGUAUAAAAUGAUACUAAUAAUAACAACUCAAAAUGGCCACAUAUGUCCCUAAAGAAAAAGGUGCACAUUCCCUGCUUCAGUAUCUGGGUAGGUGAAUGGUGGUAGCAAUUGUGCAUCAUCUUCAGACGUCCAUUAGAGUGACAGCCCAGAUUGGUGGUAGUGGUGCUGGUCCCAUCAUAAUAGUACAGACUUAUUUAAGUCUAAGUAGAAGGAGUGAGAUCACGUAAAGAAAAUUGCAGUAAUAUAUAUUAACAUAUGAAGACCUGAACGUAAACACAAACUCUAAGAUGGGAUACAGAGCAGACCAUUCAAGGAAUAAUCCAAGAAAGUUCUAGAGUGAACCUGAACAUAACUAUACCACCUAACAAAAAAGAAAGACUAUCGGAGAAACAUUUAUGAAUAUUCUCAAGGACAUAACAAAGAAAAAACUUGGAUAACCAAAUUACAUUAUUAACCCAAGUGGAAGAAAUCUGAUGGACUGAGGUAACAGCAGAAGUGCUUAUAAAUAAAUACAAAAGUUCUGCUAAGUGGAAGGUAGCUGAGGUAGCCACGGUACCUAAUUCUGCUCAGAGCACCCAACAUCCCUGCACCAGGAUAUGGCUGACUGUGAAAGGAUGGUAAUGCAACAAACAGAGAUAACAGUACAGCGGCUCACAAAGAAGGGAGAACCUUCCGGCUCUCAAAAAGUGAAACAUAUUAAUUUUUCUAAAAACUACAACCCGAGAACCUGCCUCUCUACUGUUUAGAAGCUCUUCACUUUGGUGGACACAGCUAGGAUUUACAAACACUUGGCCCAAAACAACUUGACGGCAGUAGCGCAAAAAGGAAGUAAGAGACUAAACAAAGUAAUUAUGAAAUUUUGUAAGAAACAUGGAAACCUCAGUGUGGCAUUGAUUGAUUGAUUGAUUGAUUGAUUGAUUGAUUGAUUACAAACAAACCCUUUACAGUGUCCACCCUGUCCUGAUAAACUUCAUUUCAACCACCAUGCUCCAUUGACCAACACUCAUGCAGCAAAAGAACUGAUCACUGUCCCAAACAUAAUAAAAGAUGAAUAUUUCAAGGGGGCUCAUUUCACUCUGUUUUACUCGCUGGUAUCAAACCCAUUAAGCCCCCUUCUCAAUAACCUCGCUCUUUAAUUUCAUAUCGGCAUUCACCAUCAGCUGAACCCAGACUUGUCCACGCAUCUCUUUCGCAUGACCUAAAACUGUAGAGCUCACCUGCCCACAGCUGAAAGGAACAGUCACACGUGGUAAAAGAAAUUUCAAACCGUUCCAACAUUUGUUUGGGCUUGACAAGUGUGCCAAAGUAAUCUUCAAUAAUUGGAAAUGAACAUCUGCCUGAACAUGUUAACCUUGAUUAGGUGUGUAUCCUGAGAAAUGUUAACACUGAAGAAACUUAAUACUUUGGACUUUGUGGCCUGCAGAGGACGCUCCUGCCACUCAAACCCGACUCUUGACAGAUGCAGGACACAAGUUCUGCACACACGUUUUUAUUUUAUUUUUCCUCGUGGGAAACGCCUUCCUGUUUCCCACCUGCAUAGCACUGUUAAAGCACUAAACCCACAGCAUAAAACGCUUUCUUUUCUUCUUCUUUCUCUUCCCCUCAAUCCACCUCCACUCCUCCUAGUAAGCUUUGUCCUCCAGCUCUCGGAGUAGUGGCAGCUGGCUCCUUUUAUACGGCACCCAGUGCUCCAGGUAUCUGUGGAUCUUCUUCCAGGUGUGGCAGAAGUGCUGCACCAAAGGGUUUAGCCGUUCCUGUAACGCCCCUUGGCGGCACUCACGGAACCCAGCAAACUGGGCUCCCA